CUUCUAACGUGUACAAUUUGCUUAGAUCAGAUACAAAAGCCAAGGGCAUUACCAUGUAUUCAUACGUUUUGCCAAAAAUGUCUGCAAGAGGUUAUCAACAAAAAAGCAGUUGAACAGGAUAUCAGAGCCGGGUUUGAAUGUCCUUUGUGCCGCCGCAUAACGCGCCCCCUACAGUGAAACGACGUAUACCUAACCAUCGAACAUGGGCUUCGUUGUUUCCUACAAAUCCCACAAUUGUUUCUCUGCUUGAAAACGCGGACUAUAAUGGAUCAACUGUGCAGGAAGAUGUAAAUACGAUUUUCAGAGAUAAUGACGUAAAUGAAUCAGAAAAUUCGGUAUUCGUAUCACCAGAAGCAGACGACUCAGAAACGCAUACAUCAGAAGCAGUAAACAGAUCUACAUUACCAAAUCAUCGACCACUUUCAUCCGAGGGAAUUCCAGUUUCACAUCGAACAACUUAUAUCGAGAGCAGUCCUUAUAAUUUUGAAAGCGAUGAUUCAGAACAGUAUAAUUAUCCUUAUUUAAAUUCUAAUAAUUACGAUGAUUUUUAUGAUGAUGAUGACGAUGAUUAUGAUUAUGAUUCUUAUGAUGAUGAUUAUUAUGAUUAUGAAGAUGAUCAUGUUCAUGGUAAUAAUAUUGCAAGCGUCAUACAGCGUUCAUAUUCGGCCAGCUUCAACCAGGGACCUCAGCAACCCAAUGCGGCAAGCGUCAACCAAAUACCACAGCCACAGUCUCUAUCGAACGUAUACCAAGACCCUACGCAACUGUAUCCACAAGGACCACAUCAAACGUACCCACCUAACGUCUUCCAGAGACCCCCGCCGCCGUAUCCACCAAACGCUUUCUUAGGACCUCAGCAGCAGUGUCGACCAAACAUUUCCCAAGGACCACCUCAACCGUACUCACCUAACGCAUUCCUGGGACCUCAGCCGCCGCAUCCAUCAAACGCUUUCUUAGUACCUCAGCAGCAGUAUCGACCAAACACUUCCCAAAGCCCACCUCAAACGUACCAACCUAACGCCUUCCAUGGAACUCAGCCGCCGUAUCCACAAAACGCUUUCUUAGGACCUCAACAGCAGUAUCGACCAAACACUUCCCAAGGACCACCUCAAUCGUACCAACCUAACGCCUUCCAGGGCCCUCCGCCGCCGUAUCCACCAAACGCUCUCUUUGGACCUCAGCCGCCGUAUCGACCAAACACUUCCCAAGGAUCACCUCAACCGUAUCUACCUAACGUCUUCCAGGGACCUCCACCGCCGUAUCAACCAAGCGGACCUCAGCAACCGUAUCUAUCAAGCGUUAAUCAGGUUCCACAGCAACUGCAUCGAGCAAACGUCAACCAAGGACCACAGCGUCCGUAUCUAGCAAGCGUCAAUCAAGGCCAACAACAACUCCAUCUAGGAAGCGUCAAUCAAGGCCAACAACAAAUUUAUCAAACAGGCGUCAAUCAAGGCCAACAACAACCGAAUCGAGCAAGGAACAACCAAGGACAACAUCCAUCGUAUCUUCCAAAUGUCAACCAAGGACCAUGGCAACUGCAUCCACAUGGCUACAAUCAAGGCCAACAGCAAACUCAUUAUGGAUGCUUUAACCAAGGGCCACAGCAACCGCAUCCACAAUGCUUCAACCUAAGACCUCUGGAACCGUAUACACCGAGCUUUAAUCUAGGACAACGACAACCUCAUCCACCAAACUGCAAUCAAGGACCACAGCAACCGCAUCCACAAUGCUCCACCCAAGGACCUCUGCAACCAUAUACACCAAGCUGCAAUCAAGGACCACAACACUCGUAUCCGCCAAGCUUCAACCAAGAACAACAACAACAACCGUAUCCACCAAGGGUCAAUCAAGGACCACAGCAACCUCGUCCACAAAAUUUCACCCGAGGACCACAUCAGCCGUAUGCAGUAAUGGUCAACGAAGAAUCUCAGCAUUCACAUUCACCGAACGUAUUCCAAAGACGGCAGAGUCCGCAUCUAGCAAACAUGAACCAAGGUACAAACCAACCGUUUACCGACAGCGUCAACCAAAGUCAGCCAGCAAACAUCGAACAGGUACCCCAGCAGACACAUUUAACAGGCGUCAACCAAGAAUCUCAGCAACAGCAUCUAGAAAGUGUAAACCAAGGGCUACAUGAACUGCAUCUAUCAAGCGUUAGUCAAUAACCGCAACCGCUUCCGGGAAGAUUUUACCAAGAACAUCAGCAUCCAUAGGAAUGUUAUUAUCUUGUCUGACCUCAAUGAUUGCAUUUGGAGAGCUUCAUCUAGGGACAUCAACCUCAGAGUGUUAGCAACCUGUCAGAGUCAUUGUUUGCGCACAACAAAAUGAUGAUGAUUGCAAUCUUAUAUGCUGAAAUAUCGAAGGUCAAGAUUUCCUAUAUUAUUGGAAAAAAAUAAAUUAAUAGAUCUUAAUUGUAAUGACUAAGUGAUUUGACAUUUGAUACACAUCCGAUCAAGCGUUAUAUAAAUAAACUUCGUUUUCGUCUGAAACAUGUCAUGAUUGAAACAUAACAUAUAGAAACAUUGGAUUACACUACGCGUUUUGCUGAUUCCGUAACUAACCGUUGUCUUGUGCGCAUGCGCGAAUCUACCUUCACAAUACUACACAAUCAAAUUGUCAUUGUCGUCGAAUUUAAAUGUUUUGUAAAAAAAACUAUUGUUAUUUCUAUUUAAAACAAAUACUGAAAUGUAUGGGAAAAGCAAGUCUACAUUAGUGGGUUGACUUGUUGAUAAGAUCACUUCUUGUUGCUAAAGUAAAGGUACAUACACUCGUAGACUUCACGCAAGCAACCAGAAGUCAUGCAACCCAAAUCAACCGUCAUAUAUAGUAUUCCUUUUAUACUGUUCUAUAUAUGCGUUUACACCAUAUAGUUUUUUUCAUAUGUUAUUAAAAC